UGACACUAUCCUGGAUUUCAUGUGGGCUUGGGCUUAGAUAGUAUUUCUGGAUUUGAUAUUUUUGGAUAGAACACCCAUAAACACCAAUCACCGGAUUCACCGCCAUGGCAGAAUUCAAUAUACUAGUAUAGCCUAUACAGCUCCGACCCCCGGACUGCACCCACCGAUCCAUGUGGGCUUCUGUCACCGGUAACGGCAUUCGAUUUUUGCGUUACUGCUAUGUAUGCCUGCCACCUGUCACGCCCACUCCAUCAUCCCUGUCCCUGCUGACUCGUUUUGGCGCCCUAGUUUCAAUGGAGAACAACAGCGCUAAGAGCUCUUCCUUCUCUGCUUUUGCUCAUUCCAGUAGAAGUGGUGGUAGGGGAAGAGGUGGGACCAUGAGGGAUGAUCGAGAAAGAUCAAGAGGCCGUGGUGGUGGUGGUGGCGGUUCUGGCAAAGAUAAAAUUGACGCUCUUGGGAGACUGUUGACUCGUAUAUUACGGCAUAUGGCAUCUGAGUUAAACUUGAAUAUGCGGAGCGAUGGGUAUAUCAGAGUUGAAGAUUUGCUAAAGCUGAAUAUGAAAACAUUUGCCAAUAUCCCAUUAAGAUCGCACACAAUUGAUGAUAUUAGGGAGGCUGUCAGGAAGGAUAAUAAGCAGCGAUUUAGCCUCCUAGAAGAAAAUGGGGAGCUUUUGAUUCGGGCAAACCAAGGGCACACAGUAACGAUAGUUGAAUCUGAAAGCUUGCUAAAACCAAUCCUUUCGGCUGAAGAAGUUACUGUGUGUGUCCAUGGAAGCUAUAAGAGGAAUCUGGAAUCAAUUUUGGAGUCUGGUCUCAAACGCAUGAAGAGAUUGCAUGUUCACUUCUCAUGUGGCUUGCCAAUGGAUGGGGAAGUAAUUAGUGGUAUGAGACGUGAUGUUAAUCUUCUGAUCUUUCUUGAUGUCAGAAAAGCUUUGGAAGAUGGAAUGAAGCUCUACAUUUCAGACAACAAGGUCAUCUUGACCGAAGGUUUUGAUGGUGUUGUGCCUGUCAAGUACUUUGAAAAGAUAGAAUCUUGGCCAGAUCGACAAACCAUUCCCUUUUAAAUGGAGAUCAGGUCAGUAAUGUUCAUUUUUUUCAACCAUGAGCUACCAUUUCAUUCCCAUGAAAAUGUACUGGCUUCUCUUUUAUCUAAAACCAGAAACCACAGAAAAUGUGCCAUUCAUUAUUAUUAGCGGUGAAUUUUAAAUUUGAAGGAUGGAAGAUGAGAAAUUCCCUUGGAUAAAAACCUCUUGACCAGUUUUGAGCAGGAUAAGGCUCUCUUGCUUCAUUAGCAGUGUGCAACCUUCACAUUCAAAUCCUCUGUUUUCGCCAUGUGUUUGUUACUUUAUUUGUCAAAGUGAAAUUCAAACAGAUGCAGGCAACUGAUACAUUCAUCAACUUUUAUGUCACUUCGAAAGUACCCAAGAUUGUGCUGUAAAUGAAGAGGCUUUCAUGUAAAUGGUAUUCACUGUUAAUUACAGAACUGUCUUGUUUAUUUAUUUAUUUGAAUUCUUACUCUAUUGCACUGA